CAAUUUCUCAUCCUGCCUAGCUCGACAACGAUUAAAAACUCAAAAAGCUCACCAGCAUAAAUAAACAACGCGAAGAAAAUUUGCUCUGGCUUGAUUUCUCUUCAUUUGGGGUUUAGGAUUCAAUUCAUCGAAAAUGUUCCUCACCAGGACUGAGUAUGAUAGAGGAGUCAAUACUUUCUCUCCUGAAGGCAGGCUGUUUCAAGUCGAGUAUGCCAUUGAGGCUAUCAAGCUUGGCUCGACUGCAAUUGGGAUAAAAACCAAGGAGGGAGUAGUUCUUGCUGUUGAGAAGCGCAUUACCUCACCACUUUUGGAGCCUAGUAGUGUGGAGAAAAUUAUGGAGAUUGAUGAACAUAUAGGGUGUGCCAUGAGUGGCCUAAUUGCUGAUGCGCGAACAUUGGUUGAACAUGCACGAGUCGAGACUCAGAAUCAUAGGUUCUCGUAUGGUGAGCCCAUGACUGUCGAGUCGACUACUCAAGCUCUCUGUGACCUUGCCUUGCGCUUUGGUGAGGGAGAUGAGGAAUCAAUGUCAAGACCUUUUGGUGUAUCUCUUCUCAUUGCUGGCCAUGAUGAGAAUGGACCCAGCUUAUUUAUUCGGAUAUCUUCAUGCAUAGAUACUAUACGGAUCCUUCUGGUACUUUCUGGCAAUGCAAUGCGAAAGCCAUUGGGUCGGGUUCUGAAGGAUCUAACUCUCAAGGAAGCUGAAACCAUUGCUCUUUCUAUCCUGAAGCAAGUCAUGGAGGAAAAGGUUACACCUAACAAUGUUGACAUUGCCAAGGUUUCUCCAAGGUACCAUCUUUACACCCCUUCUGAAGUCGAGGCUGUCAUCAAUCGCCUGUGAGAAGAGCAAAGCCCAUUGGCUUCCUUUGUUUCACAUCUGCCUCGAUAAUUAUCAAAACUUUCCAUUAUAUUUCGCAGCCCCGAGCACAAUUUGUACUGCUGGCUCAUAAUGGCUCAUAACAUUGUAAACUGCUGCAAUGCGUGUUGACCUUUCCCGGGUUUUGAAUUCAUCGAAGUACUUAUAAAGUUUCUCUUAGGACGUGUUUGUAUACAAAUAUAUCUGCUGAAAAUGAGUUUUUUUUUUUUAUUAUUAUUAUUAUUAACUAGGAUUAAGUUUGAAAAAAUUGGUAUGGUAAGUUAGUGGGAUUUUGGAUUUCUAUUAAAAUAAUAUUUAAAAUAAAAUAAUUAAAAUUGAUUCCAUUG